AUGUCGAUUUCGUCUUGUCCGGUGUCGGGGUCCGUGGGGGGAGAGUGUCCGGUCGGUGGUGCUUCUUCGCAAUCAGGGCAGACGCGACGAGGCUGUGCGUUUUCGGCGGCGGCGCAACCUGGAGAUCUUCAUGCUGCUUUUGACAUUCCGCGGGGGAUCGACACAGAAGAAUGGCUUCGCGCAAGAGAACGAAAGACGAUCAAUGAACUCCUCUAUGCCGACUACCCCUCCCGCGAAGAAGUUGAUUCCGUCAAGAGCCAACAAGAACUCGAUGCCAUGAACGCAAGCGACCACGAUCUCCUCGCCAUUGCCCUCGGCGCUCCAGCACGACAAGUUCUCCAGCGCGCUCAAGAAAUCGGUCCACAGACUGGAUGGCGCGAUGGCUACCUCAGCGUCGAACACGGCUUCUGCCCACCAGACUACGAAGAGCCCAUCGCUGCGCUUGCAAGAUCACCUGGGCGCAUUUGGUCCGAUCUCUGUGAGCGCAUGCCAGGAUGUUGUGCACGAGGAAGAGUGCGAGAAGCUGUCGCUGCAUUGCCGCUUGUUGAGGGGACGGAGGAGAAUAUUCCUGAUCAAGCUCUUUGGGGUGCUGUAGUGGCGCUCGGUAUGCUUUGUUCCAUUUAUCGCUUUGAGGAUAAGCACGACGGAAAAGAUGGAUUGGCUGUCACGGACGGAACGAGAACGAAGCCGCAAUGCCCGAUGGGUGACGACCUUUGUGAAGAACUCGAGGGUAUCCCAUUGUGCAUCGCUUUGCCGUACUAUCAGGUCUCGCGAAGAAUGGGAAGAACCCUGCCCCACCUCUCGUUUCCCGACCAAGCUUCCUACAACCUCAAGAUCAGAGACGUAAAGUCAAACACGCCAUAUCUUGCACGCUUCGACAAUACCGAUCUUCGAUGGCCCAUGUUUGGAGAGAGGGCUGAAGUCGCUUUUCUGAAAGGAUGCGCCGAUACCUCUGCCUCAUUCCAACAUGGCCCCGAUGCCAUCGCCGCCUGUCAAGAACACGUCAUGACCGGCAACAUCGAGGGUCUUCUCCACGAGAUGAUCCGCCUGAAAGAAAUCCUCGAGCGAAUGCCAAACGCCUUUCACAGCAUCUCGCCCAACCCCAACGCAGGCGACAACUACGUAUCGGCCGACAAAUGGGUUCGAUGGGGUCUCUUCUCAUCGCCCUUGUCCAAGCGAGUCCCCGCCGCUUCAGGCUUACAGUUCCCUCCGUAUUUAGUGAUGGAUGCCUUUUUGGGCCGCAAGACACACGCAUCCUUCCUCGGCGUCGAAGCCCUACAUCUUCGAGCAUGGCUCCCCUCCAACCACCGCGCUUUCAUCGCCGCAAUCCAAUACCACUACUCCAUCCCCGAAUUCGUCCAACGAUCAGGCGACCCGCGUCUAAUGGGUGUUCUCGAAGGCAUCGUCGAAGCCUACGCCGGUGAGCGCGGCUUCAUGGGCGUUCAUCGCUACAAAGUCUUCGGUAUACUCGAAGUCGCCGCCAAGACAGGGCGAACUGCGACAAACGGUCUUUCCGGCGCUGCUGAUGCAACAAGGCCUUGGGAGGAGACACACCGUCAGUUCUCGGAUGCUAUGAAGGAGCGCCUUGAGCCUUUUAGGGGCAAGCUAGCUACGGAACCGCAUGCGAUGAGGGGGACUUUUGAGGAGUGUCGGUAUGUGGCUAAGAUUGCGAGUUGCUCUUCGAUUGAUCAGGAUGCAAGUCGGUCAACCGCCAUGGUCACUCUGGAUAUCCGGGAUACCGGUAUUACGUUUGCGCCUGGUGAUCGUGUUGCGGUCAUGCCUCUCAACAGUUGGGAGGAGUGCGCGAAGAUGGUUGCUGCUCUGGGUCUUGACCAACACGUUAGGGAGCCAGUUGACACUACAGGAACUUGGUCACGCUUUGAACACCACCUCUCUACAGUUACGAGAACUGCGCACAGGCAACUUACAGUCAUCGACAUCCUCCGCCGCGGUCAUCUCGCCCCUAUUACCAAGGAACUCACUGUGAAAGUCCACGAGCUACUCCACGCUUCGUCCAACACUGUCCUACGAGUACUGGCAACCGAAGAAUGGCCUGUCCGUGGAUCCCUGGGCGACCUUCUCCAGAAGGCCGUUCUUGAUACACCAAGCCACAUCUGGAACAGGGCUUUCAACCUCGAAGACUUGAGCUGGCUGUCGGAACUCGUUCAGCUUGAAGUCCCCCGAACGUACUCCAUCUCUAGUCACAGCAACGAGCUGCUCCCCAGCACGGUCGACCUGACCAUCUCCCGUGCAGAAUACGAGCUCUCCCCCAUCUUCUCCCAAGGACAGACGGUCACGAGAGCCGGUGUCGCAAGUGGCUUCUUCAAUCCUCGUCCCUUGUCCGCGGAGAACAGCCUUUUGUACGAAGUCCUCAUUGGCGUUUCUCGACCGGUUGCCUUCCAACUUCCCAUCGACAAAAUGGUGCCCUGCGCCUUUUUCGCUGGAGGAAGUGGUAUCGCUCCAUUCCGCAGCUUCUGGCAGCAUCGGCUAGCAACAUCAGGCCGGUCGGGUGGACGCAAUCUGCUCUACCUGGGAGUUCAGUCUCGUGAGAAGUUCUGCUACGAGGCUGAGCUGCGGAAACUAGUGAAUAUGGGCUUCAUGGAGGUCCAUCUUGCGUUCUCUAGGGAUCGUCAUGGUUUGGCGUAUGACAGUGUCUCCAGGGAUCUUGUGGAGAAGCCGACUCCUCCUCGAUACAUCGACAGCCUCAUCGUGGAGCAGGGUAACACGAUCUGCGACAUGGUAAUGUCAAAGAAGCAAGGCGGUCUUGGUGGCCACUUGUACGUUUGUGGCUCGGUGUCUGUGUUUGACUCUGUCAUGAGCGGUAUUCGAAAGGCCAUGUACAACUACCGCACAGCAACCAUGGAGACCGUGGACUUGAUCAUCAACAAGGCUUUUGCCGAGCGUCGCUUCAUGUUGGACGUCUUCAUGUCUCCCAAGGCCCUCCCCUGCAAUCUCCCCAACAUAUCUCUCUCUAGCCUCGCUCUGCAUACCGGUCAUCGUCAAGAGUCACGAAUGUGGAUCGCCGUUCACGGGAGUGUUUACGACGUCACCGAUUUCUGUCCCAUGCACCCUGGUGGCACUCUCAUCAUCAAGUCCAAUGCUGGCGUUGACUGCACCAAGUCCUUUGACAACUUGGCACACACCAACAACCCUGAGGUGUCAAGUCUUCUGACGAGGUACUUCAUUGGCCAUCUGGCUCCCAAGCCUGACUAUCGUGAUAGCGACGUCUCAACGCUUCAUGACCUUUGGGCUUCUUACUUGAGGGUCACGGUCGAAACGCUUGUCGCCCAUCAGUUUGAGAUGAACGAUAUCAUGGGCGAGUCAAUUGACUCUCCCUCAGCGUAUGAUCCCAACGGUAUCAGCAACAUCUGGCUCCGAGAAGGCCUUCCUAAUACGAUUGCCAUUCGAACCUUCUACGAUUACCAGAAUCGUUUGCUGCAAGGUGGUUUCGCAGCACUUUUCGGCUCCAAGUUGGAGGAACUGGUCCUGCGCCUGUCAUUCAAUUUCGCCAACUCCGGCGGACCUGGCGCAGCCUCCAAACUUCCAGACAUCUUGGGUACCAUCGCCCGCGCCAAGUCUGGUAGCGAAGCAGUUCGCAGCGCGAAAGAGAUUAGUGCUCUGGGAGACUUUGUCUGUGACCCAUCUUCCGAGCUACGCUUCCAAGAGCGGGGAGUCCUCGACUUUACCGCCAAAUGCGUACAGCUUGACAUUGAGCUCUUGGAAGAUCUCCGGCAGGAGGCGUGUAACGGCAUGGACGCUUUUGAGAGCAUCGCGACUGUCCUCGAUUCUUUCGAUGGUUCCAACUCGGAUUCGACGCCAGUGGCUGCUCUGUCAUCUUUCUUGUUGCAAACUCUGGAGAGAAUGGCACACCGAUUGGAGAUGUUCUACACCCAGCUGGCACGCCUCUCGGUGUAUCAGCCUGAGCUUGAGCAUAACCCUGCGCGAACACGAUGGGCCUUUGUCAGGCGAUGUAUCCGGGACGGUACCUUCUUUGUAAUGACCCGAUCACGAAGCAGUGAGACCCCGAUGAACGGACAAUUUGAGUCGUACUACAUCAACACUAAGUCUUUGGAGAAGACGACCUUUGACAAUAUCCUCUCACAGAUUAAACAUGUGAUUACAUCCUCCACUGUGGAAGCACAAGCGACAACCGUCUUACCCGCCACUGUCAACGAUGUUCACCACGAGAGAGUCAGUACCCUCACCAAGGACGGUGCGGUCGCUUCAUCUGCAUCGAGAGUGAACAUCGGGGCGGUUGAAAGCAUGGGAAGCUUCAUGAAGAAGAACGAAAAGGCGAUUCGCCGUCUGAGCAACCUGCCAAAUCAGCUGCAGCUGGAUGAUCUUCAAAACGCCAUCGCGAUGAACGAAAAGUCAACACCCCAGAAAAUCGAGAGCGAAACCGCAUUGGACACGAGCCCCAGCCGUUUCAAGCCACUGGAACUGAAGACAGCCCUUGAGCUUGACCCCAAGGCGUUGCUUGCCUGCAAAGACCAGAUGCUCACUGCGCGGAUGAGAAUCAUGGCCGGUUAUGAGAUGAUGGCUUGCUCAGCUUCUCGAUUGAGUGUCCCGACGAAAUGCACCUCAAUCAGCUCCAUCUCUUUCGAAGAAGCCGACGAAUUAGUCGUCGCCAAUCCUCAACCGCUCAUGGAACGGCUAAAGUCCAUUCCAGAUGAUGAGAGUGUCCCAUCUUCAGCAUCGUGCACAACUGCCCAAUCACGUCGCAGUUCGUUCAGUGGUAGUUCUGUUACAGGAUCUAUCACGGAAUCCUUCGCCCCAACGCCUCGACCUCGACCAUAUGAGACUAGCAUGGCUUUGAAGCUCAAGCUUGAGGGUUUGAAUCGUCGGUCACGUGGGGAGUCUGUUUCGUCCCGACAGAGCUUCAUUUCGGCUUCGAGCGCGAUGGAUCUGAGAAGGAAUAGGUCGGUAUCGAGUAACAGGAAUGCAUCGAAGAGGAUGUCUAUCGAUCCGGGUCACUCAAGGGAGCAGUCGGCUGGUAGGCUGUUGGCGUUCAAGCUGGGAGCUUUGGCGGGUGAGAGAAGAUCUUUUAUCCCACCUACAUGGUAGACAUUUAUAGUAUAGUCUAGUCACUCAACAAAUUACAGUAUCUGGAU